UCUUGUUAAGUCAUCUGCCUCUGAGCGUGAUCUUUCCACUUUUGUUGUUCCACAACACUGGGAUGAACUCUCUUUAAUAAUGAAGAUCACAAUACUCACAGUUCAUUUUGUUUUACUAGCAUUAACACAAACGAUUGGACAAUCAACAGAUACGCAUUUGUAUCCAUUUGGCCCAUCAGAAGGAGACCAAGUAAAUCCAAAAGCUGAUGAUGGUGGAUCUCCUGCAAUACCUAUCUCAGUAGCAUUCCAUUUUUUUGAAAAAUCUUACACAUCACUUUUUGUGAACAAUAAUGGUGUUGUUUCCUUUGGAGUAGCAGUAACACAGUAUACACCUGAUGCAUUUCCACUGACAGAUGGACGAGCAUUUGUGGCUCCAUUCUGGGCAGAUGUUAACAAUGGAUUGUAUGGUGAUAUCUACUACAGAGAAAGCAAAAAAGAGGAGCUGCUAACUAUGGCCACUGCAGAUGUCAAAAAAUAUUUCCCAGAUAUUCAAUUCACUGCAAAAAUGGUAUUUAUGGCAACUUGGGACAGGGUAGCCUACUAUGGCUCAACAUCAAGAAAGGGAAACACAUUUCAAGCUGUUUUGAUCUCAGAUGAAAAUGUUUCAUUUAUUUUUCUAAAUUAUGGCAAGAUAGAGUGGACAACGGGCAGUGCAAGUGGUGGGAAUGCUUCAACAGGACUAGGUGGAGUACCUGCACAGGCUGGGUUUAACAGUGGAAAUCCAAAACAUUAUUUCAGUAUCCCUGGAUCCCGAACAGAUAGCAUCCUGAACAUCGACUCUACAAGCAAUGUCAACCUUCCAGGACGAUGGGUAUUCAGAGCAGAUGUAUUCAAUGUUGUUGGAGGAUGCAUAUACAAUGCACGUUUUCUGAGAAUUGGUGAUGUAUUUUGGCCAGAAAAUAACUGUGCAAGAAAAUGCAAAUGUUCAGAAAACAGCAGUGUUAUAUGCCAAAAUGAAGGCUGUUCUGUUUAUGAAAAAUGUCAGGCAUUCUCCUGGCACUAUAUUUGCCAAACUCUUGGCUCAAAGACUUGUUCAGCAUCUGGUGACCCACACUACUACACCUUCGAUGGGAAGCUGUUCCAUUUUCAGGGUACAUGCACAUACAUACUGUCAACAGUAUGCACAAACAUUCGGAAUCUUACCACUUACAGAGUUGAAGUGAAAAAUGAGAACCGGGGAAAUACAUUGGUAUCUUGGACACGACUUGUCAGGGUGAUUUUUUAUGGAAUUGAAAUUACUAUGACUAGAGACAAUGCAGAUCAUGUCAUGGUGAACAACUUAACAACGUCUCUUCCACUAUCUUUGCUGAAUGGAAAAAUCAAAGUAUACAAGAGUGGUUUUGCAAUCACUGUCAGUACAGAUUUUGGAAUCAUUGCAAGCUAUGAUGCGCACCAUGCAGUUACAGUCACUGUACCUUUGAAUUACUACAACUCUACCUGUGGACUAUGUGGAACUCUAACAAAUGACAUGUCUGAUGACUUCUUGACAUCAAGUGGAGAAAUAUCACAAUCAGACCAACUGUUUGCCAAAAGCUGGAAGGUGCCAGAUAACGAUGCUUCUUGCAGAGAUGAUUGUAGUGGCUCAUGCAUGACCUGCAGUCCUGAGAAGCAAACGCUGUAUUCUGGAAAUGAUUACUGUGGUAUAAUCAGUGACCCUCAGGGGCCAUUUCAUGGCUGCAACAGCAUUCUCCCUCCUCAGAAUUUCAUAGAGAGCUGUGCAUAUGAUUUGUGUGCCACUGGAGGAUACAGGCCAAGUUUAUGUGAGGCUUUGAAUUCCUAUUCUACACAGUGUCAAGCACAUGGGGCACAAAUACAACCAUGGAGAAAGCCAGGAUUUUGUGAGAUCACCUGCCAAGAAAACAGUCAUUAUCAGUUCUGUGCUACUGCCUGUCCAGCAAGCUGUGCAGAUUCAACAGCUCCAUUGUACUGUACCCAGCCCUGCAAGGAGAGCUGUGUUUGUAAUGAUGGUUAUAUUCUAAGUGGGGGAAGAUGUGUUCCACUGAGUCAGUGUGGGUGUCAGUAUCAGGGUCAUUACUAUGAUACUGGGGAGGAGGUGAUAACGACUGACAACUGUUCCACUAAAUGCAGAUGCAUAAACAGUAACAGUGGAAUGGACUGCAUUAAUUAUGGAUGCUCACCUUAUGAAGAAUGCAAAAUAAAAAAUGGUAUUCGUGCCUGCUACCCAGCAAAGUAUGGAACAUGUUGGGCGUCAGGUGACCCACAUUAUUACACCUUCGAUGGUCUUCCCUUUGAUUUCCAAGGGACAUGCAUGUAUACACUAAGCAAAUAUUGUGGAGAAUCAAACCAUCUUGUAAACUUCACUGUAAAGGUAGCAAAUGAACAUAGAGGAAAUACUAUCGUGUCCUGGACUAGAGAAGUACAGCUCACUGUCUUCAACCAUCAAAUCGUAAUGACAGUUGGAGAGAAUGGUAAAGUGAAGGUUGAUGGUUCCAGUAUCAAUCUGCCACUCAUCCUUGAGUCAGGCAAAAUCCACAUUUACUACAGUGGAUCAUCUGCAACUGUGCAGACAAACUUUGGCUUUUCCUUGUCAUAUGACUGGUAUCACCUUGUUACUCUCAAAUUACCUGCAACAUACAGUGGACAGGUUUGUGGUCUGUGUGGAAAUUUCAAUGGAGAUGGAAGUGAUGACUUCAUCAUGCCAGAUGGUUUAACUGCUGUGAGUGCCUUGAGCUUUGGAAACAGCUGGAUAGACACAAAUUCUUCCACAUCAUGUAUUCCGACUGUCCAGGUCCCUGUAUGCCCUGAAGUAAAAAGACAGGAGUAUAGAUCCUUGCCCCAGUGUGGGAUCAUCACAAGUGUGAAUGGUCCUUUCAGCAGUUGCCAGAAAGUUUUUUACAGUGACACUUAUUUUGAUAACUGUGUCUAUGAUCUGUGUGCUAUGAAUGGAGACCACACAAGCCUAUGUGAAGCAGUAAAAAGUUACGCUUUGCAGUGCCAGAGGCAUGGUGUGACUGUAGGUGACUGGAGAAACAUCACAGGGUGUGAGUUUCAUUGCCCAGCUAACAGUCACUAUGAAAUGUGUGGAUCCUCAUGUCCGGCAUCUUGCACCAACUUUGCCUUUCCAUUCAGCUGUACAACUCCAUGCACAGAAGUCUGCCAGUGCAAUGACGGGUUUGUGCAAAGUACUACUGAAUGUGUACCACUGGCACAAUGUGGCUGUACAUACAAGAAUAGGUACUACAAGGCAGGGGAGGUCUUCUGGAUGGGAAGCAAUUGUCAAGAGAAAUGUAUAUGUGAUGAAACCACAAAAUAUGUUCAGUGUUCCAGUUCCUCCUGUGAUUCUACAGAAAUCUGCAGCAAUAAAAACGGUAAUUAUGGCUGUCAUAAGCUGCCGGAUGGUGUAUGUCGGGCUGGCGGUGAUCCACACUACAUGACAUUCGAUGGAUUAAGAUAUGAUUUCCAGGGAAACUGCACAUAUGUUUUAGCUGAGCUGUGCAAUUCAUCUGAUGCUCUGGACUAUUUUCGGAUUGAGGUUACAAAUGAAAAAUGGGUUGAUGUUCCUGUGUCUGUUACAGCUGAGGUCUUAAUUUUUGUAAAUGAUACUGAAAUAGAAUUUCACAGAGGUGAUCCUGGAACAGUUAAGGUAAAUGGAAUAAUUGUCAAUCUUCCUGUCAACAUCAGUCAGAUAAUUGUUUAUCAGAAUGGAAUUUAUACCAUCAUGAGAACCAGCUUUGGUCUUACUGUCAGUUAUGAUAUGAGUUCUGUUCUCUCCAUAACACUUGUUCCCAACUACAGAGAAAAAACCUGUGGGCUAUGUGGCAAUUUCAAUGGACAUCAAUCUGAUGACUUCACCUUGCCCUCUGGUUCUUUAGCAAGCAAUGCAUUCCUGUUUGCUUCAGAAUGGAAAACACAGGAUAAAGGCCAGCCUUUGUGCAACAAUGGUUGUCAUGAAUUUUGCCCUGUUUGUUCAAAUGAAUAUUUUGACAAGUCAACCUCUAGUUGUGAUAUUAUUAAGGAUUCUUGGGGACCAUUUGCAUCAUGCCAUUCAGAUAUUUCCCCUGAGCCUUUUGUUGCAAACUGCAUCUAUGAUGUCUGCCUUUCGGGAAUCAGUAAAGAGGUUUUAUGCCAGUCAAUUCAGGCAUAUGUAGGUGCUUGCCAGGCAGCAAAUAUAACGGUGCUGAGCUGGAGGACUCAAACAACAUGCGCAAUACAGUGUCCAGAAAACAGUCACUACGAGAUAUGUGGUCAUAACUGCAACGCAUCAUGUGUACCAGAAUUAGAAUCAAGUUACUGUGACACACCCUGUUUUGAAGGCUGUUUCUGCAACGAUGGCUUCUUGCUGAGUGGUGACAGCUGUGUUCCAGCUGACCAGUGUGGCUGUGUCCAUAAUGGUGUUUAUCAUAAAAUUGGAGAUAUAUUUUGGACUGAGGGCUGCACUCAGAAAUGUAACUGUGUUUCAGUGAAUGAUGUCAGAUGUGUUCCUACAAACUGUAGUGAAACCCAACAAUGCACUGUUCGUCAUGGAAAGCUGGGAUGUCUCAGUACCUUUGGCACUUGCACAGUUGGAGGAGACCCACAUUACUAUACCUUUGAUCAGGCUUUCAUUCAUUUCCAAGGAGCCUGCACUUAUGACAUUUUAAAAAUGUGCAGCUAUAUGCCUGACUUUGGAUUUAACAUUACUGCUGAAAAUCGCAGAAGAGGAAACUCUUAUGUGUCAUAUGUCUCACGAGUAGAAGUGAUGUUGUGGAACAGAGAACUGCAAGCACGGGUCUCUCUAGGAACAAGUGGAACUGUGCAGGUGAAUGGAAACACUGCUAUAUUACCAGCAUUGCUGGGGGAUCUGUGUUCCAUAUCCCAAGCUGACAACAAGGUGGUUCUCACAAUAUCAACAGCAGCUGAAGUACACUAUGAUGGUCAUAGCACCUUAAUUAUCAGAGUGGGACAGGAAUACAAGAAUACCUUAUGUGGAAUGUGUGGAAACUUCAAUGGUGACCCUAAAGAUGAUAGAAGAUUUCCAGAUGGACAGAUUGCAAUGAAUGAUCAGGAGUUUGGUAAUGCCUGGAAAUCACCUAACAGCAAAACAGGAUGUGAGGAUGAAACUAAGACGAUGCAACCAGUGUGCGAUGGCUUAAAAGACAAAGAGAAUCUCUGUAAAAUCAUAACCGAAGCACCAGGACCAUUCGUUGACUGUCACUGGCAUGUGGAUCCAAUGCCUUACUACAACUCUUGUGUCUAUGACCUCUGUCAUUAUGGAACAGCAAACAGGAUGCUUUGUACAGCCAUUGGCUCAUAUCAAGAAGUCUGCAAAACAUAUGGUGCAGAGGUCCAGUUGUGGCAAACAAGAGUAAAUUGUUCUCUGCAGAAUCCAUGUGAAACUCUGAUGUGCACCGACAAUGAGUGGUGUGGAGAAUAUUAUGGAGAAUACGGUUGCUACUGUUAUGACAGUUUUGAUAAACAGAAGAAAAGUUCCUAUGACCUAAGAGUAAGCUGUUCAGGAAACAUCAGUUAUGUUUCUUUGUCACGUUGCUUGGUAUUUACUGAUGGAAUUCCUCCUAGUGCUUUACAUCUGAUUGACCCACAGUGCACUUCAGUUUUACAAGAUGGCAGGUUAAUAUUCUACUUUGACAGUAGCAAAAGGACAUGUGGAACAAAACUGCAGGUUAAUGCAACACACUUUAUCUACUCAAAUGCCAUCGAAGGGACAACUGGAAACAGCUAUGGUCGUGCAUCAAAUAGAGGGAGGAAAAUAAGUAUUGGGUUCACUUGUGAAUAUCCUUUGACUAUCAAUACAUCAACAUCUAGGCCUGAAAAGCCUGUAGAGAGUGUUAUCUAUGAAAAAUUAUCUAGUUUCGGAACAUAUCAAGCAAAGAUGAUGUUAUACCACGAUUCUCUCUAUAGCCAGCGUUUUACCGAUAAAGUAGUGACAAUCCCAGUAAAUAAUACACUCUAUGUUGGAUUAAUAGCUACAGGUAUUGACCCAAAUCAGUUUGUGAUGACACUGUCUUCAUGUUGGACCACGUUAAAAAGCAGCCCUUCAUCAAGCGCAAAAUGGGAUCUGAUCAUUAACCAGUGCCCAAAUCCAAAGGACAGCACCACUAAUAUUUACGAAGAUGGUGUUUCACCAGUCGGAAGGUUUUCCUUUGGUGCAUUUACAUUUAUGGGGAACGCAAAGCAAUUCUAUCUUCACUGCAGAAUUCAGCUUUGUAAUAUGCAGAAAACAUCCUGCAAUUCAAACUGUUUAGGUAUACAACCAGCAAGUAGUGGAAGAGAAGAAGCAAAAAGCAUACUUACUUAUGGACCUAUUUAUAGCACAGCUUCUCCAGCAGGAAUCCAGCAUAACUCUGCAUCUGUUUUUGCAACUGCCUUUUUGCUCACCAUGUCUUCUUUUAUCUUUUACAAAUAGGAUUAGUGUGGUAGCAAAUAUAAAUUGGGUAAUAUUUGUGAUUUAAUUUCAAUAAACAAAAUACAUUUAAUUUCCAUUAAUGUAAUGACAGUAAUAUGAUUAUUUGCUUAUUUAAUAAUAGAGUUUGUAAAUCAGUGCACCAAGUUUGUACUCAAUUAGUUUCUUAAUAAAAAUGGUA